AAAUAACUUUUUUUUUUCUUUUUCAGUCUCUUCUUAAUGCACAAAAUAAGUUACGGAAUCUGGUCCCUAAUUUUACUUUCAACCUUGGCUUUUCUGGCAAGUUUUAUCACACAGGAACGGAUGACGAAGAUAUUGGAGAUGACAUGCUGCUACAACACCGGAAUGAAUUUUGGUGGUUCCCUCACAUGUGGAGUCACAUGCAGCCUCACCUCUUCCAUAAUGUUACAGUUCUGGCUGAGCAAAUGAGACUCAACAUGAUCUUUGCCCAGGAGCAUGGCAUUCCAACAGACAUGGGUUAUGCAGUGGCACCCCACCACUCUGGAGUAUACCCAAUUCACAGCCAACUAUAUGAAGCCUGGAAGUCCGUGUGGGGGAUCAAAGUGACAAGCACUGAAGAGUACCCACACCUGCGUCCAGCUCGCUACCGCAAAGGCUUCAUUCACAAUGGCAUCAAGGUGUUGCCAAGACAGACCUGUGGCCUUUUCACUCACACAAUCUUCUACAAUGAGUAUCCUGGUGGCUCACGUGAGCUGGACAGAAGCAUCAGAGGAGGAGAACUGUUUUUGACGCUGCUACUUAACCCAAUCAGUAUAUUUAUGACUCAUUUAUCCAAUUACGGUAAUGACAGGCUGGGCUUAUAUACUUUUGAAUCUUUAGUCAAGUUUGUGCAGUGCUGGACACAGCUGCGGCUACAGACUCUGCCGCCUGUACAGCUAGCUGAAAAGUACUUUCAGAUCUUUCCAGAAGAGAGGGAUCCUUUGUGGCAGAAUCCCUGUAAUGACAAGAGACACAAAGAUAUAUGGUCAAAGGAGAAGACCUGCGACCGGUUACCCAAGUUCCUAGUGAUUGGUCCUCAGAAGACAGGUACAACAGCUCUGUUUUUCUUCCUGACUUUGCACCCUGCCAUCACGAGUAACUUCCCUAGUCCUGUAACAUUUGAGGAAAUUCAGUUUUUCAACGGGCAAAACUACCAUCGUGGCAUUGACUGGUAUAUGGAAUUUUUCCCCUUCCCUUCCAAUGCCAGCACGGACUUCAUGUUCGAGAAGAGUGCCACCUACUUUGACACCGAGGUUGUUGCUAAAAGAGCAGCGGCACUUCUACCACAUGCAAAAAUCAUCUCUGUCCUGAUCAAUCCUGUAGAGAGAGCAUACUCCUGGUAUCAGGUAUGUGUGGCACAUCUUGGGGAGGGGGUUUUGCUACUCGGAAUAUAAUGGUGGGUCUUCAAA